AUGGAAGAAAUGCGAUCAUUGUUAGAUUCCCUUAUGGGAAAGGAUAGAAAUGAAAUGGAUUCCAAAAAAAAAAAAUAUUCUUUUAAAGAUGAAAAUGUAUGCAAAUAUUAUUUAAUUGAUUUUUGUCCACAUGAUCUAUUUCCUAAUACGAAAAGUGAUAUAGGAAGAUGCAAAAAUAUUCAUUCAGAAGUAUUAAAAGAACAGCUUGAAAAUGAUGAAAACUAUAAAUAUUAUUUAGCAAAAUACCAACAAAAAUUUAUGAAAACCUUAGAGAAAAUUAUUGAAGUUGCUGACAUAAAAAUAGAAAAAAGUAAAGAAAAAUUAAAACAGUUAUCAGUGAAUUGCAAGAAUUCAUUUGAUAAAAAAUCGAAAAUAGAAAGUAUUAAUAAUCACAUAUGUAAUCUCUUAAAACAAUCAGAGGAAGCAGGAGAAAAGGGAGACUUAAUAAAAGCUACUAGUUUUAAUAAUCAAAUUACUAUGCUACAAGCAGAAAUCAAAAGAUUAAAUGAAGAAAAUGAUAAAGCAAAUGAAACAAAUUUAAAGGUAUGUGAAGUAUGUGGUGCUAUGCAGUCUGUUGGUGAUUUAAUUCAACGAUUUGAAAAUCAUAUAAAUGGUAAACAACAUUUAGGUUUUGAAAAAAUAAGAAAUACAUUGGAUAAAUUAAAAGUAGGAAUAAAAGAAAGAGAAGAAAUUAUUGAAAAACAUAAAAAAAUGAAAUAUGAUAAGGAUAAUCAUUUGAAAAGAAGAAGAAAUAGUGAAAAUGGUGAUAAAAGAAGAUCAAGUGAUUAUAGGAGUUCAAAACACCAUAAAUCUCCUGAUAGAAUUCAUAAAAUACACCAUUCAAGAAAAAGCAAACGAUCAAGAAAGCAUUCAUCGUCGUAUAGAAGUAUUUCAAAUAGUUCAUAUUAUUCGAAUGACAGAUAUAGAAAACGCUCAAGUAGACAUAAAAAAGAUAGAUAA